AUGAUUCAUGGCAUUGCUAGAGGGCUUCUUUACCUUCACAGUGAUUCUUGUUUAAGGGUCAUUCACAGGGAUCUGAAGGCAAGCAAUGUUCUCUUGGAUGGUGAUAUGAAUCCGAAAAUCUCAGAUUUUGGCUUGGCCAGAACCUUUCAAGUGACUCAAGAGCUAGCAAACACUCAUCGGAUAGUGGGAACAUUCGGCUACAUGUCGCCUGAGUAUGCAAUGGGUGGACUGUUCUCUGAGAAAUCUGAUGUCUACAGCUUCGGCGUGUUGCUACUGGAGAUUGUCAGUGGUUGGAAAAACAGCGGAUUUUAUGACAAUGAUAGGCAUUUCAAUCUUCUGAGUUAUGCAUGGAAGCUAUGGACUAAAAGCGAAGGACUAGACUUGAUGGAUAAAUCAAUAUCGGAUUCACGUUCCUCUGCAACAGUGUUGAAAUGCAUACAUAUUGGCCUUCUCUGUGUCCAGGACCAUGCAGUGGAUAGGCCAUUAAUGUCAUCUGUAGUUCUUAUGCUAAGUAGUGAGAUGGAUCUGCCUCAACCAAAGCAACCUAAAUUUAUAUUUAAAAGGUGGUUGAAUUAUGAUGCCCAAUCACAAAGCAGUAAAUAG